AUGGCCUGCUUUCGUAGGCUGUUUCCUCUCUGCUCUUCCAUCAACAGGACGACCUUUUCAUCUUCUGGUUCUGGAGUUGUACAAGGUUUUCGAAGCUACGGUGGAAUUGCUUCGCCGGAGCAAAUUCUGUUGAAAUUGGAAGAUGCAGAGGCUCGAGCUGGAGCUGAUACUUUAGUUCUUGAUGAUAAGAUGGCACAAAUUCGACGUGAAUUUGAUGCCGCGAAGCAGAGUUUCCUCAGGGUUCCAGAGGCACUUAAAGCAAUGCCUAAAAUGAAUCCGGAAGGGAUAUAUGUAAAUAAAAACCUGAGAUUGGACAGUAUUCAAGUUUAUGGAUUCGACUAUGACUACACACUGGCUCAUUACUCAUCCAAUUUACAGAGCUUGAUAUAUGAUCUUGCAAAGGAGCAUAUGGUAAAUGAGUUUCAUUAUCCUGAAAUUUGCAUGGAAUUUAAGUACGAUCCGACUUUUCCAAUCAGAGGAUUGUACUAUGAUAAGCUAAAAGGGUGUCUCUUGAAGUUGGAUUUUUUUGGGUCAAUUGAGUCAGAUGGAUGCUACUAUGGUCGUCGUAAGCUUAGCAGGAAGGAAAUAGAAGAGAUAUAUGGCACAAGGCAUAUUGGUCGUGAUCAAGCCCGAAGACUUGUUGGAUUGAUGGAUUUCUUCUGCUUUAGCGAGGCAUGCCUCAUUGCAGAUAUCGUGCAAUAUUUUGUUGAUGCUAAGUUGGAAUUUGAUGCUUGCUACAUCUAUCAAGAUGUAAAUCGUGCAAUUCAGCAUGUUCACCGUAGUGGUGUGGCUCAUAGAGGAAUUCUUUCUGACCCCCAUAAAUAUCUCGUAAAAAAUGGUCAGCUGUUGCACUUUCUCAAGAUGCUCAGGGAGAAGGGAAAGAAACUAUUCCUGUUGACUAACUCUCCAUAUUACUUUGUGGAUGGAGGAAUGAGGUUUAUGUUGGAGGAUUCCACGGAUUUCAGAGACUCCUGGAGGGAACUUUUUGAUGUUGUGAUUGCUAAAGCUAAUAAGCCAGAUUUCUACACAUCUGAGCAUCCCUUCCGUUGCUAUGACGCAGAGAAGGACACUUUAGCUUUCACGAAGGUGGAUGCAUUUCUUCCUAAUAAAAUAUAUUACCAUGGAUGCCUUAAAUCCUUCCUUCAAAUUACUAAAUGGAAGGGACCAGAGGUGAUAUACUUUGGAGAUCACCUAUUUAGCGACCUUAGGGGGCCUGCAAAAGCUGGUUGGCGCACUGCUGCUAUAAUCCACGAACUAGAAGAUGAAAUUCUUAUACAAAAUGAGGAUGCUUACCGCUUGGAACAGGCGAAAUUUCAUAUAGUACAAGAAUUGCUUGGUAGAUUGCAUGCUACUGUAGCUAAUAGCCAGAAAAGUGAAGCCUACACAUCACUGUUGGAGGAGUUAAAUGACUGGAGGCACAAGUCAGGUCAUAAGAUGAAGAGAAUGUUUAAUAAGUCUUUUGGAGCCACCUUCCUUACUGAUAGAGGUCAAGAAUCUGCUUUCGCGUAUCAUAUUCAUCAAUAUGCAGAUGUCUAUACCAGUAAGCCAGAGAAUUUUUUGCUCUAUCCAUCUGAAGCAUGGCUUCAUGUACCCUUUGAUAUUAAGAUUAUGCCACAUCAUGUGAAGGACCCACAGCAAUUGGAAAUUUUGAAUAUUGUGGUUUCAAGACUGAUGGGAAUUAUAGGGAAUCUGUCUUCGUUUCUUGUUGAACCUUUGCAUAUAUUGAUAAAGUGCCAGAGAUAG